AUGGCCAGCCUUUUAAAUUCAAAGAAUCUCAAUUGUGAGAAUGAGAGCAUAGAGAAGAGAGAAGAUCAAGAAACAAUAGAAGAUGAUGGUGAUGAUGAUGAAAGCUUCAUGUAUGCAAUGCAGAUUGCAAUUUCUAUUGCACUUCCCAUGGCACUCCAAUGUGCAAUUGAUCUUGGUGUUUUUGAAGUGUUGCAAAAAGCCGGUAAAGGUGCUCAACUCUCGGCCGACGACAUCGUGUCCCGUCUUUCCAACAUUAACAAUCCAAAAGCUUUCAAAAUGUUGGAUCGCAUUCUUGCUCUUCUUGCCUCUCACUCACUGCUUAAUUGUUCAAUCAUUCCUCAUGAACAAAACCACAUUAAUUCCUUUAAGAGAUACUAUAGCAUGACUCCUGUUGCGAAGUUUUUUGCUCCUAAUUCUGAUGGUGUUUCAUUAGGACCCUUGAUUGCCUUGAAUACUGAUAAGAUCUUAUUAGCUAGCUGGUCCAAGCUUAAAGUUGCAAUUGAGGAAGGAGGUACUCCAUUUAACAAGGUUCAUGGCACCCAUCUCUUUGAUUAUCCCAGCUUGGACUUGAGGUUCAAUCAAAUUCUCAAUACAGCGAUGAGCAAUCAUACAACUAUAGUGAUGAAAAAGGUUCUUGAAUGCUACAAAGGUUUUAGGGAUGUAAAAAGACUUGUGGACGUUGGUGGUGGCCUUGGAAUGAACAUUAACAUGAUCACUUCAAAAUACACUCAUAUUCAGGGUAUCAAUUUCGACUUGCCUCAUGUCAUACAACAUGCUCCUUCCUAUCCUGGAGUGGAGCAUAUUGGUGGAGAUAUGUUUGAAAGUGUUCCCAAUGGUGAUACCAUUUUUAUGAAGUGGAUACUUCAUGAUUGGAGUCAGGAAAAUUGCAUGAAACUUAUGAAGAAUUGCUAUGAUGCUAUUCCUGAUGAUGGAAAGGUGAUAGUUUUGGAGGCACUUCUACCUAAUAUGCCUAAGAAUGAAGUGGCUUGGAAAUCUCUCUCUCAAAUGGAUAUUCUCAUGAUGACUCAUUGUUCAGAAGGCAAAGAGAGAACUAAACAAGAAUUCAUGGAUAUGGCAACUAAUGCUGGAUUUCGUGGCAUCAAAUAUGAAUGUUGCAUUUAUAAUUUUUGGAUUAUGGAGUUCUUCAAGUAAAUCUAUAAACUACAAUAUGGAAUUGUAAUUGUUUACUAUCUAGGGCUACUUUUUCUAGAAUAUGGUUUCUCCUAUAAUUUCUAUGGAUGGAGUACUCAAGCGCUUAAAUGUUUAGGUGUGUGUGACAACUCUUGAAUUUUGAUUAUUGUUUUUGUUUUAGGAACGUUGUAAUAUUUCAAUCUUAAUGAUUCUUGUGUUUUGA